AUGGAGCACAAAAUUGAUCGGAUAUCGGAAUUGCCGGAACCAAUUCUAGAGCACAUCUUAUCAUUCAUCCCCUUGGAAAAAAUACCUCAGCUUAGUAUAUUGUCCAAGAGAUGGCAAAACGUGUGGGCUUUGCUCCCCAUCCUGGAAUUUAAUCAAUACAUUCCGGAAUUUAACCCUGUAAAACUGGGCAGUAUUUCUGUCAAUGAGAAAGAGCAGAAAAUCAGGAGAAUGAAAUACGACUUUAUUUAUUUUAUGGAGAAAAUUUUACGAAGCCGUUAUAGGCAAAGGCUAAGUAUAAACAAGUUUAAGCUCGAAAUGUUCGACAUCGAUGAAUCGGAUUGUGCUCUUUUGAACCGUUGUAUUGGGUAUGCAAUUGAAAGCAAUGUCAAAGAGUUCAAUGUUGAGCUAGAGUAUGAUCAGCUUGGGGAAGAGCCUGAGCACUACUAUCAGUUGCCUGAGAGCGUUCUUACAACAAAAUCAAUAACAAAGUUGUCAUUGUAUAAGGUUAAGUUGGAUUCAUUUAAUUGUGAUAUUAACUUACCCUCUUUGAAAAAGUUGUAUUUGGAUGGAGUUCAUGUGGAGGAGCAGUUUAUCCAAACUCUAAUUGCAAGUUGCCGUGUGGUAGAAGACAUAUCCUUUAAAAUUUGUUAUGGGUUGAAAAGCAUACAUGUUUCAGGUCUUCCUAAACUCAUGGUCCUCAAGCUGAAGUAUAAUCAUGAUCUUGAGAGAGUUGAGGUGCAAGAAUCAAGUCUUCAAUCUUUACGCAUCCAUAACAAUUGGAUACCGUGCCAGAUCAACCUAGCCCCAAGUGAAAACCUAAAGGAGUUAGUAUUACAUGCAACCACCAAAACAAGCAAAUGGUUGCACGACAUUCUUCUUAAACAUCCACGCAUUGAGAAGUUGGAUCUCACAUGCUGCAAUAUGUUGGAAUGGGUUUAUAUUUCAAGUCCCCACAUGAAAACCUUAAAUCUUUCAAGGUGCGAAAAGCUGGUUGAAGUGAACAUUAAUACUCCAAACUUACAUUCACUCGGGUAUUGUGGUGGUGUUAUAUCCUUUGCUUUGAACGUUACGGCUCUAUUAGAAGCUAAUCUCGAUUUUGUGGGAACGAUUCCUUGGCAUGUUGAAAAGAUUGCGUUCCUUUCAAACUACUUAAUUCAUCCCAAACUAUUGACUUGGAGAACUGCAUCUAUUGAGGUAUCCGAUCAAGUUUCUUUUAUUUCAUUCGAUCUCUUGCUCACAAGCUAG